GGUCAUGUGUGAGAAGAGUCCAUAAUAUAAUAUAUAUAUUGUUCACACCGGGGUAUUGAAAGACAGUGUUUGAUUGCAAGAUUUUAAAGAAUUAUUUAAAACAUGAUUAGCAUUGAAGAAUGUCCAACUUUAAGACCUACACAAUAAGAGUUUGAUAACUUCUAUGAAUAUAUUGAGAAAAUUGAUAAAUAGUAUUCAUAAAACUUUGGCAUGGUGAAAGUAAAUUUCUAAAAAUUAAUAACAAAUCAUAGGUUAUUCCUCCUAAGAACUUUAGAGUUCGUUAAUAGGAUUAUAAUAAAUCACUUGACAACCUUAUCAUUCAAGGACCUAUAGAGUAGAAUGUUUAUGGUAAAGGAGGUAACUAUGAAUGUCUUCACAUUCUCAAAAAAUCUAUGCCCUUAAAAGAUUAUAGAAAUAAAUAAUUAGAGAUUGAUAAAUAACAUGAAAAACUGACAUCUGAUCAAUUUGAGAGAUUAUAUUGGAAAAGUCUAGCCUUUAGUCCACCUUUGUAUGGAGCUGAUAUUAAAUUAUCUUUAAUGGAUUUAAACAAUUCUUGGAACCUUAACAAUGUUACUAGUCUAUUAAAUUAUGGACUUAAAAACCGUAUACCUGGAGUAAAUGAACCUUAUAUAUACGUUGGUUCAUGGAAAACCUUUUUUGCUUGGCACAAAGAAGAUCUAGACUUAUGCAGUGUCAAUUAUCUCCAUGUGGGAAAAGAUAAGUAUUUAAGAUUUUUUAUUAAUUUUAUUAGGUUUUGGUAUUCUAUUCCAGAAGAAGAUAGUCAUCUUUUAGAAAAAUAUGCAAAGUAGAUAUAUGGAGAUCAUUUUAAUAAAUGUUCACAAUUCUUAAGACAUAAAACGACAGUUAUUAAUCCAUAUUUAUUAAAAGAAAAAGUUCCUUAAAUUCGAAUAUCAAAAAUGGCUCAUCAUGAAGGUGAAUUUAUGUUUAUUUUUGCUGGAGCUUAUCAUCAAGGCUUUAAUUGUGGAUUCAAUAUUGCAGAAGCUGUCAAUUUAGCCACUCUAAAUUGGUUGCCCUUGUUAUUAGAAGCUAAAACAUGCAAAUGUGUUAAAGAUAAUGUCCAAAUAGAUACUGUAGCUUUUGCUGAAAAUCUAAAAAAGUCAAAUAUCUUUAAGGAUAAUGAUAAAGUUAAAGAUUUUAUUGAAAAGGCAAAAACAACAUAAAAAAUACUGCAUAAACCUAUCAAAAAAGUUAAGAUGUGAUUUAAUUAAAAUAACUAUUAUGGAACUAAAAUAGGC